AUAGCCGUCGCGCAGUAAUUUUUGUGAGCUAAAAGAGGAGCAUAUGAGAAUCGGUUCGGUUUGAUUCAGAAGAUCUCGAGGAGCUCCAGUUCUACUGAGAUGUGCGCAUCCAAUGUGUCGCCGUCGAAAAAGGUAUCGAAGCUCGAAGUAGGAGGGGAUUCUCGUCAUCCGAUGUAUAGGGGCGUGCGGAGAAGACCUUGGGGCAUAUGGGUGACAGAGAUUCGAAGGCCGAAGAAGAAAGCUCGCAUUUGGCUAGGAUCAUUCGAAACAGCGGAAAUGGCUGCCAGGGCAUACGAUACCGCGGCACUGUGUCUACGAGGACCUGGAGCACAUCUGAACUUUCCGAAACUAGCGAGUUCGCUGCCUCGUCCGCUGGAUCUCUCAGACAAGAGCAUACAAGCAGCUGCCAAUGACGCAGCAAAGAGAUUUUCACGAGAGGUCAAGUCUCAAAGACGGCUCUACAGGCUUCAUGCAACGGCUUCCUCAUCAAUGUCAAAUGCUGUUGAUUCUCAGUCGCAUUGCAAUCUGCAUGCUAUCGAUGUGCCCAACUCCUUCUCCAGAAGAUCAGUACUGACGGCGUGUAAAAUUGAGCCUGAAAAUUCAGGGGAAUAUUUCUUUUCCAGUAAGCAGACGAGAUUACCCCUACUCACCACUAAAUCGAACUCGAACAUCCCAAGAGAGCAUCGCGUUCGAGCAUUGUUUCGUUCUUCACUGCAUGGAAGACUCGAAGACGCAGUCUUACAGAUAGACGCAGUCCCCACGCACGCCGCAAUGAUUCGAGAAGAUCUGGGCACAAAGAAAGGAAUUCUAUCACAAUCAAGUCGAACGCAGGUCGGAAUCUCCAAUGACCAAGUUGAUCUACAACUAGCGAAGACCAUGACCGAGGAAUUCGACAGGAGAGUGCCUCAAUCCUGCCCAGACAAUCUGGAGAAAUUGCUGGAAGAGAGAACAUCGACGUCGAGCAGGCUGCAUCCAGCAUCAUCAUCAUCAUCACCCACGGAGAUGCACCAGAAGAGGCUAGAACUGCAGUUUCUGGAGGAGGACAUGAUGCUGAACAAUCUGUCCGGCUUCGUCACCAGUCUAUACGACGGCAUGUGCCUAGUACCUCCUCCAACAGCCAUGGUGGCCGAAACUUGCUUCCAGGUAGACGGUGAUGAAGCCACGACUUACAACUGGGAGCCACGCCUGUGGAGCUUCUGA